AUGGUUGUUACAAUUAAUGGCAUUGGCUCAGGCAAUUCUUCCGGCUGGGUGGCCGGAAUCUUAUCAGUUACACGGUUCGAUUUCGUGGUGGUAGGUGCCGGGAGUGCUGGUGCUAUAGUGGCAGCGCGCCUAAGCGAGGUGCCACACUUAAGGGUCUUACUGUUGGAAGCAGGAGGUGACCCGCCUCCCGCUAGUGUGGCUCCGAGCUUGUUCGGGACUCUCGCCCAUACGCAAUAUGAUUGGGACUAUCGGGCGAAGCUCGACAAAAACACCGGCUCUGUCCACCCCGAUGGAGUCAUCUUCAUGACCCGUGGCAAAAUGCUCGGCGGGACGUCAGCUAACAACUACGAAAUGUACGCUAGAGGAACGCGCAAAGAUUACGACGAAUGGGCACAAGUUGCGCCUGGUUGGGAUUGGGAUUCCGUUCUACCCUACUUUAAGAAGUUCGAAGGAAUGAAAGACCCGACAGUCAUGGAUAAUCGGAACCACUCUUACCUGCAUUCGGCAGACGGUCCCGUGGCGAUAUCUAGACCGGAAACUAAUAGUUACUUUAGUGAAGUGAACGAGAUCGUCCUUAAUUCGUACGAGGAGAUGGGAAUUAAGCGAAUCCUGGAGCUGAAUGGGCCAGAGUCGUUCGGGGCGACUCGACCGCAUUUCACCUUUGCCAACGGCCGGAGAUCCAGCACCGCUGAGGCAUACCUAAAACCGGCUAAAGAUAGGUACAAUUUGAAAAUCACCAAGCACGCCAGGGUAACCAGAGUUUUAAUUGACGACUUGACCCAAAAGGCUUAUGGACUUGAGGUGUACGUAUCAGGCGAGAAGAUGAACGUGUACGCUGAUUUAGAAAUCAUCAUCUCCGCUGGUGCUAUCGACACUCCAAAGCUUUUAAUGCUAUCCGGCAUUGGGCCAAGAGGUGCGUUGACGGCGUUAGGUAUAAACGUAAUUUCUGAUUUACCGGUGGGCGAGAAUUUGCAAGAUCACCACUACACACCUAUAGUGUUUAGAGGCAAGCGUGGCUUGGAGAGCGUAGUGCAGAACUUGCUGGUGCCAACCGAGCUGGACAGCUAUCCGGUACCGUCCCAGUCGGGUUUCUUCAGCGUGGAGAAGUCGAGCGCCGACUACGUGCAACGGCCACAGUUUCAGAUAUUCAAUAUACGUAUCGGAGCGACCGCGUCACCUAUUAUUUUAUUUGGCUGUCGCACAAUAGCGAACUUCGAUGAGACCUUCUCGUACUCCAUCAGCAAAGCUAACGUGGACCGGGAAGUAGACGUAACCUCUGUUCUUCUUCUGCAUCCACGGUCGAGAGGAGAAGUUCUUCUGAGGAGCAGCGAUCCAUUCGAUGAUCCAAUCAUAAACAUGGGCUAUUUUAGGGACGAUGCGGACGUGGAAACUACUUUAGAGGGCGUGAAAUUCAUGUUGCGGUAUUCGAACACUUCCUACUAUAGGAGAGUAGGUGGUGGUGUCGCAAAAUUGGACGUUGCAGCUUGCAACCAUUUUAAAUGGAGCUCGGAUGACUAUUGGAGGUGCUACAUCAGGAAUGCAGUCGGCUCUAUGUUGCAUCCGGUCGGGACUUGCGCCAUGGGUCCUAAUGGGGUGGUGGACGAAAAACUGCGAGUGUACGGCGUGUCUGGUUUAAGAGUGGCAGACGCCUCCGUAAUGCCGACAAUUCCAGGUGGAAACACAAACGCUCCAGCUAUGAUGAUCGGUGAGAAGGCAGCCGAUUUAAUUAAGAUCGAUCAUAACGCUCUAUACUCGACGACUAAUUUCGUA